UCAAGUCAAACAAAUGUCAAACGAUUGAAUUCAGUUACUUUCGUAAUUCGUUAGUUUUUUUAAGUUUUUUCAGAAAUCUGCAACCAAAUUAAUAAAUUGGACGAAAUUUCAAGAUGGAAAUUGAGUACUAUGAUGUUACUGCAGAGUUAAAUGCUAGAGAAAUAUUGCGGUACCUAAAUAACAUGGGAAUUCAAAACAUUAGUGGAGAGGUCCUCAAAUAUUUCAUAACUGAUCUAAAAAAACUUAUCAAGUAUGAUUUGGAGCAGAAAAAUCUAGAAGCGAGUGGACAGAAUCAAACACCAGAACCUUCAGGACCUGAGAGAUUGCACAGUGCUAGCACCUUUUCAUCAAGGAUAAGAUCGAAAUGCCCUCAAAGUGCCCCAGUCAGUUGUAACAGAGAUUGUCAAAGAAGAAAACCCUUAGGUUCUCGUAAUGUCCAUUCUGCGCCGAGCAUAGGUCACCGGAAACCAGAAACGAACACCGCUGAACACUAUAAAAGAUCAUGUUCAUGUGUAAGAGUGGUGGAAAAGAAACAAGAUGUUAUCUCAAAAGAAAAGAUUCCUUCGUCUAAUAGUAAUUUAAUCAAAGUUCCUCAGCAGCAAGCCAUAAAGAAGUGUGAUCCAGUGUCACUGUAUCACCAUUACACAUCAUUGUGGGCCAAGUAUAAGCCCAAUGUGCCCGGUGAAAAUAAUUGGUCCGAUUUGAGAUGGAAUGUCAGACAAAAAAUGGCUGGAAAUGUACCUAAACCUGUAGUUAGUAAAGUUCCUGAAGGUCAAAAUCUUGACAAAAAAAGUUCAUUGAAGAAAUGAACAAAAUGCAGUUUCAAGCUAAUAAUGUGCUAUCAAUUCGACAAUAAUUAAUGCAGGUGCUUGGUUUCUGUAUAAAAUAAAAUCACUCAAAUAUCA